AUGGUGGAACCCGUUUUGAAUCCUCUGGUUUGGGGGACGCUGCUGCCGGAGCAUGAAGGCAGCAGCGUCACUUUGGUUGUGACCAUGGAUGAGCAUGGCAGGUGGAUCAAUCUCGCCUCGAAGCAGCGAGUUGUUCUGGAUCUGACGGCGCAUGUGGGUGUUGUGCUUUCUAUCCAUGCCUGGAUUCUCACUAAGGUUACUAAGGCCGGAGUGGCUCAUUGUGUUGCCGCUGAUCGCUCGAGUUAUUUUUGUCUUUCAAGCUUUUCGAAAAGCCCCCGAUUUCAUGUUGAGCUUUGCUCAGGCUUAGCUGGAACUAGUUUGGGUUCAGUGGCUGCAGGGUUCCAUCCCAUUUGUGGAGUGGACUUCAAGCAGUUGGCUGUUGAUGCCAUGACCCGGAACAAUCACCCGUCGCCAAUUUUGGGUGACAUCAGUGACUCGGCCACUUGGCUUGCCAUCCAAAAUUGCACUCAGGGGCAUCUUUGUGGAGCGGUGGCAGGUUUUCCUUGCCAACCUUUUGCAUCGAUAGGAUCCAAACUAGCCUUUCGUGACGCAAGAGCUGCAGUUUUUCUUAGGGUACUUGAUGUGACUUGGAUUCUGCAGAGUGAUUGGGUCUUGCUAGAGUGCACCCCAGCCGCGGGUAAGAAUGCGGACAUCAUUCGUCUCCUCGAUGAGUACUGCAAGAUUCGUUCCUUUCAUUGGACGUCUGUGGUCCUGAAGUUGGAGCAAGCCUGGCCUUGUAGGAGAAAGCGAUGGUGGGCUCUCCUCAUUCCGAUUGAUGUUUCGCUUCCGCAGCUUGUUGAUCUUCCUUUCAUUCAAGCCAACCAAUCGAUAGCAGGUUUGCUCAAGGUUUGGCCACGUUGGAGUGAUCAGGACGAGCAUGCCUUAGCUUUGGACGACCAGGAGAUUCAUCUCUUCAGUAAGCACGGCACGGAUGGCAAUCUCUUAGAUCUCAACCAUCAUGCACCUACACUGCUGCAUUCUUUGGGACACCAGGCCAGGAGUUGUUCUUGCGGCUGCAGGGGUCCACUGUCAGAAGCGCUUCUUGCUUCACAGGGAUUGCACGGUGUAUUGGUUCGAGCUCAGGAUGACCAGCAUCGACUACGUCAUUUGCACCCCAAAGAGGCCUCUUGGUUGGUCACCAUUCCUGGUACCUUUGUGCAUAGUGCUGCAGUGAGAGAUGAUCUCCCCCUCAUUGGGCAAGUGGCCGCGCCACUGCAAUCAAUGUGGAUGCUCAGCUUUUUGAGGCAGGUUACUGACGCACCGGAUUUCGAUCAGCGUGGCAUGGUCUCUGAGUUUUUGAACUUCCACAACUUGUCACAUGCUGAGCGGUGGCCCAUUGUUGGCAUGUACAAAAAGCGAAGUAUCACUGUCAACGUGGAUCAGGAGCCAAGCUUUCAGGUUGCCAUUGACACGCCCUGCACUGUUGGCCAACUUCGACGUGCUUGCUGCGCCAUGGGCAUUGAUGUUCAGGCAUUUUUUGCUUGGGAACAAGAUCGCCUCUUAGCAAAUGAUGCAUUGCUUCGGACAGCCAGCAUUCACUUUCAUCCCCCUCUGGUGGGAUGUGGGAAGCAGUUUGAUUUAGAGAAGCAAGGCGUUCCUUGCUGUUUCCAAAGACAGGGACUCGAUGACCUUACAAUGUUGCAGCAAGCCAGGAGAUUGAUGCAGAAGUCUGGACUUGCUGAUACUCAACUCUGGAGCCCGAGGCAUAUAACCAGUUUGUUGGAGAUGUGGCCAGCCACUGCCAGUGACGACAUCAAGAAGUACCUCAUCCAUGAGCAGAACUUUGGUUUCCUUUGGAUUGAUGGACACUGGAUUGUUUUCCACAUUUCCGUUGAAGCGGAUACCACAGUUGCCCGCUUCUUUGAUGGGUUCCAAGCUGAGCUUCCGGCUGAUGCUGACAUUUUGGCGGCACGCUUUGCAAGAGCUGCAGGUACUCCCAACACCAUUGUCAAGGCUGAACACUGUGUGUCUCAAACACAUGGUUCUCACUGUGGAGCAGUUGCACUACUCAACCUCGGUGUAAUUCUCAAUCUCUGGCAACAAGCCGAUGAAGCUACAGCUGAGUUGUGGCAUCAGAUGCUUUUGUCCAAGCAGCAACGGCAAGGGCGGGGCAAAGACGAAGCAGCAAUUACCAUGCUUGCUGACAUCCUUCAUUCCAAGGGUGUACCAGCCGAUCAGUUACAGUCACGUGCGCAAGCUGCCAUUCGCAAGCUCACUUUGCCUGUCGUGGAGAAGGCUUUAGCUGCCAAAGACCCGUGGAAGGCAUUAAAGGAAGCAGGGUCUCUCUUGUCCAAGCCGUUUCAAUUUGUGCAGUAUUCUGAGCUUCAAGCUCACAUUCAGAGUCGUGCUGCAACCAAAAGAGGGGCUGAUGGAAAGGUCGCCAACCAGAAAAAGCCCAAGAAAAUUCCUCCAACCUUGUCUCUUGAGGUUGAUGACAUGGAACUCAUUCCAGGCAGCUUUGUUGAUCCAGCUGGAGAUGACUGUCCUGUGCUCACCAUCCAAGAGCUGGUCAGCGACGCCAAAGGAGUGGCAAUCGUGACACAGGAAAUGGCUAAGGACCUUCGAUCAGACUCCACCAACCUCAGUGUGGACUCCUUGGCGGUAGUGACCAUUGGAGAGCUUCCUGCUGAUACUUCGGAUCGGGUGACAGCUGUUCAAUGGCCUGCUGUCUACAAACUCACUUCGGAGCCGAUUUUGGUUUCUGGUUCACUAGUACAGCUUGGGGAUCUUACAGUUGAACGGAAAAAGCAUGAGAGUGCACCAGAGGUUCCACAGCUCGACGCUACAGUCCUCAGACUAAGUGUGCACAAAGAUAUGUGUGAUUGGGAUUGGGAUGAGCUCAAGCAAGGCCCGCUCAAGUUCCUCGUGGCCAGGACUCCUCAGCUUCAAUACUGUGAUGGCACGGACUGCAUGAAGAACUGUUCCAAGUUUCAUGCAGCAGUUGAUGAAGCUGUCAAUACAGUCAUUUUGGAUGCUUGGUCCUGGAGAUGGAGCACAAACGAGGGAAAGCAGGUGAAGAUUGCCAUUGCGGACAUGUUUGGAGUGUACCUCAGGGUUCCUUCUUCUGGGCUUGAUUCUCUCCUCAAGAUCAGUGGUUGGCAUGGCCUUUUCUUUGAGCCCCGCUCCAAUGUUUCGCAAGGAUCUCAUCCUGCUUACAAGGUCGUUUGGCUUCCGAAGAACACCAGUCUUGACGAAGCGCACAAGAAAAAGCGAAACAUUGAUGUGGUGUUGGGAUUGGCUAGGAUGGCUUGCAAAUUGGGCCUCCGCAUCAACGUCAAAGAUGAAAGUAUGGUCCUCAAGCAGCUUUAUCCUGACUCCAAGCAAGUUGCAUGCAAAGUUACCCUCACUUUCGAAGUUGGACCACUGCCCUUUGGCAUGACCAGGGAGGACAUUGUGCUUCUGCUCUCAGCAUGGAAAUGGUUGGCCAAGCUCAUCAGACCUCUCAGAUCCACUCAGGUUGGCAAGUAUUGGCAAGUAGGUUCAGAGCAACCUCCCCCUGCUCCGAUCCUACCCACAGAUCAGGGCGAGGUCACAGUUACCUUGAGAUCGCAGAAUAGCAAUGAGACGGAGCAGAAGAAAGUGGUCUUUGCUUCUGCAAAGACGCAGGCUCGCAUGAAGGGUGUCCAAAGCAACAAAGCUCUAUCCUCCAAAGCUGGUGAAGCUGAAGACAGUUGGGUCUCAGGCGGUGAUCCUUGGCAGAAUUUCAAACCGACUUCGCACAAGUCUGAGGAAGUGGUCUUCACACAGAACCAGCAACGCCCCUCACAAGAGGCCCGCUCCAGGAUGUCCCAGAUGCAGCAAGAGAUCGACGACCUCAAGAGUCAGCUGGAGAAGACGGGCACAGAGGACGUGCACAUGACUUCUAGUUCGCUUGCACAAUCCUCUGAGCUGCAAGAACUGCGUGCACAGACCAAGAAGCAUGAAAGCUGGUUUGCUGAGCAAAACAACCGAAUGACCAGUUUUGAAACCACAUUGCAGGCUCAGGGACAGCAGAUUUCACAGCUGAAUGAGUCUAUGCAGUAUCAGUCUUCGGCCACUUCGGCGCUACAGCAUCAAACGGUUGAAAUGCAGACGUCCUUCAAGGAUCAGCUUACCUCCAGCUUUGAUGCACAGAAUGCCAGGCUUGAAGCAUUGUUGGAGAAAAGGAGGGUGUCCGAGGUGAUGCAGUUACCGCCGGGUAUUUGGUCCUUCAGCGAGACACAGCUCACUGAACAGGGCUUUCGUUCCUUUGCUUCACAAGCUCGUCAUUUAGCCAAAGAACAGGGCCGACAGCUUCGAAUACACUCAGGCGCUGCUGCGCCCCCUCGCUUUCUGGGUUCUGCUGCUGGUGCUUGGACGGGUGUGCUUACUAUGUCUGACUUCCCUCAGCAACUUGUUCAUCCACAAUGGAAGGGAGCUGAAUUUGAAUCAGGCAGAUUGCUCAUGAACACCGUUCACAUUGGUGGCUUGACUCUCACAGGGUCUACUUUGUAUGGUCCUGCCAAUUCGCCUACAUGGAAGCAGCCUUUAUCUCUGCUCUCAGAACUCAUUGACACGGUCACUGAGGAGAUCGUCCUUGGAAGAUCUGGAUUGCGAUAUGUUGCAGGGGAUUUCAACUGUGAUCGCAUGCAGCUUCCGCAAUUUCAUGAGUGGUAUCGUAGAGGUUGGCGAGAGCUUCAACAAGUUGCCUAUGACCGUUGGCAGCAGCCUUUCCAGCCCACAUGUAAGGCUUCAACUCAGCGUGACUUCUUCUGGGCUAGUCCAGAGCUCUUGCAACGACUGCAGCAAGUGGAAGUGUGGCACGAUUUGUUCCCGGAUCACUCCGUUGUGGUGGGGCACUUUGACCUUGCUCGGAGUUUGGAACCGUUGUACUACUGGCCCAUGCCGGUCACUAUCCCGUGGGUAAACUGCAGGAUUGGUGAGUGGCACGACGCUGUUGCUGAGGUGCAUCAUGCUCAUUCCUGGUCUGGCGACACUACUUCUGCCUUUUCUGCUUGGAGCUCUAAGGUUGAAACUUCCUUGCAUGGUUUCUUUGACAAGCAACUUGGGAGUUUUCCUCAUGGUGCGGGAGGUCGUGGUGUGCACAAUGUUCCUCUUAAGGUUACCCAGAUGACACCACGUUCCAAGCCAGCGCGUCCAGGAGAAGAAGGGCUCUCUUCCUCCUUUGUUGGCCUUGCGGUGCACCGUUGGUAUCGUCAACUCAGACGUCUUCAGGCACUUGUGCAGUCAUUGCGUGCGGGAAGCAGCACUGCUGGUGCUACAGUAUACAGGGUGCAGCUAUGGGCCUCGAUUACCAAAGCGGUUGGCUUCAAACCGAAUUUUCACAGUUGGUGGAUGCGAAGACACAUCCAACUUCAAACAUCUCCACUGCUUUUGCCACAAUUCCAACCAUCGCUGGUAGAAGCUGAAGCCAUCUUCCAGGACUUUCGCAUGAACUUCAGAAGUUUUGAGCAGUGGCACAUUGACAAGAGAUCUGCUUUGCUCAAAUUAAGGCGAGAAAGCUCUGCUAAGGCACUUUUCAGGGAAAUGAGACCAGACCCACAUGAACCACUGGACACACUGCUGCACAAGACUACCUACGAUGUCGACCAGAUUCACGCAGCGGCAAAUGUUGUCAAACUUGAUCCUCCUUUGUCUGCCAUGCAGGGCACUUUCUGGCUUGAUGACGAGCAGAUUGAAGUGGAACAGAGUAAGCAAGUUGAUUUCCCAGCCCAACAAGGCUGGGUCACAAUUCACUCGGACCGCCUCAUUGUGCCUGGUCAAACUGUUGAACAGCACGUGGUGUUGGACACCCCUCAAAAGGUGCAAAAUGAGCUCGCUGAUCUUUGGGCUGGGAGAUGGAAUGUCAUGGCCUCUCUUCCUGAUGGUGCAUGGAACCGCAUUUUUGCAUUUGCCAGGGACUACACUGCUACUUUGCCUUUGCGGUUUGAGAGAUUCACUGCUGAACACAUUGUUUCCACUCUCAAGAAGGGAAGUGGACUCAAAACCCGUGGACCAGAUGCCUGGAGUAGGGACGACUUGCUGGCACUUCCCAAUGAGUUCAGGUUAGAUCUGGCGAACCUCUUCACUGCAGUUGAAUCUGGAGCUGACUGGCCGCAGCAACUUUGCAGGGGACAUGUGACAUGCAUAGCUAAGGUUGCUCAGGCCACUGAGGCUACGCAGUACAGACCCAUAACCCUCUUCAGUUUGCUGUAUCGAAUUUGGGGUAGCUGUAGAGCUCGUGAAUUGUUGGCACAGCUUGAACCUUUUGCCAACUUCGACACCUUCGGCUACAUCAAGCACCGUUCUUGCGUUGACUUGACUUAUGCCAUCAUGGUUCAGGUGGAAAUAGCACUGCUGCAAGGGCUCUCAUGCAAUGGAGUCAUGGUGGACAUCAUUCGAUGCUUCAAUCAUUUGCCUCGCAAACCGAUUUUCCUUUUAGGGCGAAAGAUGGGACUUCCCAUGCCUAUACUUGUGGCCUGGGACAACUUCCUUCGAAACACCCGUCGUUCUUUUCGGGUGCAAGGGAUGAUAGGGCGUGAAGUCCCGUCUGACAGUGGAUUCCCAGAGGGAGACUCAAUGAGCUGUUUGGCUAUGAUUGUAGCGCUCUUCAGCUUUCACAGAUACUUUCAAGUCUUUGAACCAACGAUAUCAGCAUACUCGUACGUCGAUAACCUUGAGCUGGUUUCUUCUGAAGUAAUGCAUCUGGUUCGAGGGCACCUCACGCUUCAAGCCUGGACAGAGAUGAUGACAUUGCAUUUGGACCAAUCCAAAACACUGGCUUGGGCCGCCCAAGCUGCUGAUCGUAGACUUCUGCAGCUUGCUGGCUUUGCCAUCACUGAGGGGACUAAGGAUCUUGGUGCCAGCAUGUGCUAUGGCUCUCGCCAUCGUAACCGAACGCUGCAGCAGAGAAUUCUUUCCACUAAGGUCUUUUUUGAGAAGCUGCGCAGAUCCAAUGUUUCCAUAUGGCACAAACUUCAGAUUUUACACGUUGCUCUUUUUCCACGUGCACUUUUUGGAGCUGAUGCAGCCAUUUUGGGACAUCACUGGAUCACCAAAUUGCGAACCUGGACCAUGAGGUCUCUCGGCUUUGCACGUCCAGGAGCCUCGCCAUUGAUCCGACUAGCUUGGAUAUGUCCGGUGAACACGGACCCGGGUUUUGUUGAAUGCUGGAACGCCUGGAGCUCUUUUCAGCGGCAGCUUCACAAAAGUACUUUCAUCAGGAAAGCCUGGGUAACAUUUGUUGAGUAUGCUGGAUCUAAGGGCACAUAUGGUCCUUUUGCCAAGAUUUUUGCACUCAGUAGCACUUUGGGAUGGAGCUUGAGUCAUGAUUUGGUCUUGCGCAUCUCUGACGGAUGCCAGGUGCCGUUUUUGAGCCUUGACCGUGCCACUCUCAAGCAUUUGGUCACUGAGGCGUGGUUUCAAGUGAUUGCGCGCUCGGUGCGCCUCAGGAAGGACUUCAGUGACCUUGAGGGCAUUGAUCAUGCAGUACCGUGUUGUGCCUUGGCUGCAUGGGCUUGCGUCCACGAAGAUAGUGGGCAAACUCUAGCCUCAGGACUUCUUCCUGGACUGAGACAGCAUAACAACAGAGCUGAACUUUUUGCUGUUUACGUGGCAGUUCUUUGGAGCAAGCACUUUUUCUGUGACGUGGACAUCUUCACUGACUCUAGCUAUGCUGUACGCGGCUGGGAUGCUCUGUUGCGCACUCGACAUGUUUCCUUUGACUGCACCAACUCAGAUCUUUGGGAGUUGCUCUGGCAGGCAAUGCUAGUCCACGAGAACACGGUUCGGCUGUACAAAACAGAAGCUCACCUGGACCAGACGCUUCUGACGGAUGCCAAUUCGGCCUGGCAGGCGGCUCUGCUUUGCCGAGCCCUUCGUGUCGGCGACUUGUCCGAGAGGCAAGCGACGGCGAGCGGGUCCACCUUUGUUUCAAGGGAGGUACCGUUGGGAGGCAAGUGGCCCUCUGCUGGGCUGUGGAGAUUCGGUGAAUGGCUCCACAAGCCCAACCCGGUCAAUGCCAAUGAGAUUCUCUAG